AUGACUACCAUGUACGGAAACGGUAUGAAACAAUUAGAAGAGCGGCAUGUGCCCACUAAGGUCUUGAAAAUGGAAUGGUCGAACAAAAUGGAUCUGUUAGCCAUAGCCAAAGAACAUGGCGAGGUGUCUUUACAUCGUCUUACAUGGCAACGAGUCUGGUCCUUAGCCGCCCCAAAAGAUAAGACAUUGGUGACUGCAUUGGCUUGGAGACCUGAUGGAAAACAGCUGGCUGUCGCAUAUGAUUCACGUGAUUUAUUGUUAGUGGACGUGGAAAAUAAAGACAUCGCCUUCAGCAAAACUACUGAGAGUAAAGUUACUUCUUUGGUGUGGGUACAGCAAGAAAAACCUCAGAAGAAAGACACCAUAGAUUCUGUACUGAUUAAGAUGAAUGGUCUUGAUUAUCUCCCAAAACUCCAAAGCUUGGUCCUUCGCGAUACACCUGAAGAGGAGAACAAGAUACCAAAAGUCCAAGACACAUUGAAUUUAUUGUUAGUUGGCAUGGCCAAUUGUGAAGUGCAAAUAUUAGCAUUGGGUAUAUUUUUGUGCGGAUCCAUUAAAUUAGCCGAGGUAUUUAAAAAAGAAGCCACAGUGUUAAACAUACACAUGCCAGUAGAUUUUAGUUAUUUAUAUGUGGCUAUUCAAUAUUACUAUGGUAGUAUAGAUAUAGUGACAAUUAAAUUACAAGAGUGCGACACAUGCUGGGACGACGUUUAUGAUUUGGCAUUCAAACACGAUCAGUUGCUGUCGUCAUUAGAUUAUUUAGAUCAAACGAUGAAAAACAUACUGGAAACGUGGGAACAUGUAUCGUUAAUGGAAAUGGAACUGAAACUGAACUCUUAUUGUCCAGUAGACCCGGAAAUGGUGGCGUCUGAUCUAUUGGAACUGCUAAUCUAUGGUAUAUUAAAUCUCCGCAUGGAACACUUCCUAAAAAGAGAUUUGACUGAUAAGGGCAUCAAAAAAAUCGGCCUGUCAAUAGAGUCGAGUCACACCAAUGUUCAGAAACUAGUGGUGAAACAACUUUCGGAGGUGACCAACCAGAUUCUGUUCCAGCUGGUGGAGAUAUCUGGAAUGUCGCUGAAAAAGUACGAAUGUCUGGGACUGACGGAACACAGCGUGAAGAAAGCUCUGCGGUCGGUCAAGGGGUUCCUGAUGAAGUGCAACGAGGUGCAAAUUGUCAUCGAAGAGUCGCUGACCCGGUACAAACUGUUCUUCAAGUGGCUGUACGGUAUGAUGAUCAAGCUGAAUGACGAAAACUCGGCCAACGACUCGUCGCUGUCGAACACAUCGCAACAGGAACUAAACAUGCUGGCCGAGUACAUCAACGGGAUGGGAGAGACCGGGGCCAAGUCCAAAGACUACAAACUUGACCGGGUGGGCCAAUACUUCCUGGACGGUGACCUGGAGUGCCCGUACGAUACGCGCAGCCAGUGGUGGUCACUGCUCCAAGAAAACCCGUGCCUGGAGGAGAACGAACUGAUCGUGGCAGCGUCUCGGACCCAUUCACUGACACAACAGUUCGCCUUGCUCAAGGCCGACCUGAUGGACAUAUUCGCGCAGCGCAAGACGUUCUUUGACAAGACGUUCGUCAUGUACGACAACGUUAAUCUGGAGUUGCCGUCGGGGCUGUCGCACGGUCGCACUCGGGUGAACAUGGUGGACCUGCCCAAUCACAAGCUGCUGGUGUGCUGUGUUCGGGAACUCCACGCACACGACUUUGGGUUCUACGAGCUGAUGGCGUACGGCGACACACGAGAAGUGACGCUGCGCAGCACCACCGUGUUCUACUCGUGCGAUGGCAUCAAGCAGAACGUGCACGACGUGCAGUUUUAUUCGCCUGACUACGUGUCUGUGCUAACGGAGACGCUCGACCGGGCGUCCAAUCGGUUCUCCCUGUUCGUGCAACUGUCCACCAGCUGCGUGCGCAGUCACUGUUCGACGGACGGACUGACAACGUGCCGGAUAGGCCAGCCGAGCGCUGGCAACAGCAGCAGUAGCGGAAGCUGUCACACGCUGAGCGAUUACACGUGCCGAGUUUUGGAAAACAUGGCAGCCUCGAGUUUCGCCGUCAGCGGCACCCGGAAAGUGGCUGUGCUGUUGUCGCACAGCCGGCACAAGGUCCGGCUGUUCGAGAUGGAAGUGGAUGACGAAGAGGACGAGGAUGAUGACAGUGCGAUGGACGUCACACGGGACUCCAACUUGGCGGACGAGACCACGUGA